GCGGGUCAUGACCUUUGCAGUGGAAGUGGGAGGGGCUGCGGAGCUACUAAUAAAUGUUUACUGGAAAGAACUUCUGAUCAACUUACCCUCUGCUUGAUAAACAAUGGCUCGUCUCAACCUCACAAACACCGCCCCCACGCUCACACCGUUCACACUAUCACAGCCACUGGUGUCGGUCGUCCACACACUUUCCACACACCUCCCCACACACCGCAGCAAGAUCCUCCACACACCCACACAGCCCACCCCCACUUUCAUUCUCGUACUUGAUGCCGACAAGAUCUUGUAUUCUCUCGAAUUCAGUCCAAUCUCACAAUGUUUAAUAGCCAUCACGUACCAUAUACCAGACCACCUCCCCUCUCUAGAGGUUAAAGGGCAGACGGACGAGAUCCUAAAGUGUCCAAUAUCAACAGACGAUGUAAAACGAGUUUGCGGAGAGCCCGUCAGUUGCCAUGGAGAUGGUAUCGAAAACGUUGCCCUGGUUUAUAAAGACGCUUGCUUCACGUUUGACAUUAGAAACCAUAUUCUUGUUCUGACGAAAAUCAAAAUCGGUUGCACAAUAUCGUUCACGCCAACCACUCCGAAGAUUAACUGCAUUAUGGACAAUUCUACAAAUGCCAUUGUCGGUGUGUGCGUCACAAGUUCAAGUAGCGAAGAAAGAACUUGUUUGUAUUUUGGUGAUAGCCAGCAAGAUGUCCUGACUAAGUUAGGCUCUGCAAGUGAAGUGUUUUAUAGAGAGCUGGCGGGUGAUUCGUUAACUGUAGUACUGUCUUAUAUUCACCUCGGGCUGGACGUGGUAAUGGAUGCCCUCACUAAUACUACGACCAAGAUCGUGCUCCACACUAACACCUCUGAUCAUCGGGAGUUCUGUGUUUAUUCUAGAUGUUUCUUUCAACUGUCUCUAACCAAAACGAGCGUCUGUACCGACUACAAGUCAUGUGACAAUCUUCUGGUUACUCCGGUGACAAAUUGGACUGCGGUGAAAUGUUUUGUUGACCCUGAACAGAUUAGGUACAUCGGAACAGUCAAACUAGGAGCAUCCACAAACACUGAUUUUCCAUUCCCUGAUACUACGCUAUACGUUCUGUUUGAUCAGCUGAUACUUGAGGUUACAUCUACCGGCAACAUUGCGGCAAUCACACUUCUGUCAUGUGAUAGCAAUACGAAUCAUUCGUUACAUCCACUGCAAGUUCCAACACAGGCAGAGUUCAAAAAGAUGACUUUUAGUGAUUUGGAAAACUCUUUGGAAAAAGAUGAUGACGAUUCCAGUGAUAGCUUAGAGGAUUCAUUUCAGAGUGCUCAGAGCAGUUUACAAAGCGAGAAAGAUGUGGAGCCAGUCAACAAUGACAAAAGAUCUGUAGCAAAGGAACAUAAUGCGCUGGUGGGAUCCAACGUGAACAUUGUGAUUAACAAGUGUGAACCAUCGACAGAAGAAGAGAGGUCAUUGGAUCCAUGUUGUUUGUGUUAUCACUUCACAUCUGAUUCACCGCCCACUCCACACACACCACCCACUCCACACAGCCCUCACACUAUAGUAUACGAGUCGGACACACUGCGGAUACUCUCUGGCCCUCUGGAACUAACCACUGCCUCACUAACUGAUGAGGAGAUACAAUCCUACGAGAUGGUUUCCAUUGACGACAAUCAGGAACAAUCAGAAGUUACCCCUAGUGACAUUACCAUAGCAACCGAGCAAGAGGAGCCAGAGUUUAUUUAUCAGCCAAAAUCUACGGCCGUGCCUUCAAUGAUGUCAUCGCGAACUUCGACUCACGAGAAGAAUGAAGCAACUAGCCAGCGAGAGGAGAGUAGAAGUCGACUACUGACACACACUCGGAGCUCACAGCAAAGAGUGCGGGGGAAAUACGUCAGAGACACAACUGUUAUAGAAGACAUUGUUUGUGAUGAAGCUGCUGCUUUGGAGGACACUGUACACACUGAGGAAGAAGCUGCUGCUUUGGAGGACACUAUACACACUGAGGAAGAGGCCAAAGUUGCUGCUAUAGACGACACUGUAGAUACCGAGGAAGAGGAAGAUGCUGGUGAUGAUGGCUCUUCAUUAUUGAGUGUGGGGGACCAACCCUCACACUCUGUACCUCAAGGCAACACACAGGACAGCCCUCCAUCAAUUGAUGACUUGCCAUCUACUGAAGAUAUCGUCCAGCACAUUGAGGACCAAACUGUUGCAGAAUCUGCAGAGCUAUCAACUAUUGCUGAGAGACUAGAUCAAAGCUUGAUUGCCGAUAAUAUUACGACUACUGGUUCCGAUGUUGCUACCAGUGAUUCUCCCCCUGGGCUUAUACACAGUGAGGGGGGUGUGGUGUCUAGAGGGAGGUGGUCAGAUAAGGAGGAGUUUGUACUGGAGACGGGACCGCCCAGUAUGACUCAGGAGAGGGUUUUGGUGGAGCUGGUGUCUAGUGAGCACUGGGAGGUCAAAGAAAUGCUUCAGGAAAGACUUCAGAAUAUGCAGCUAGUGAGGGAGCUGCUGUACACUCCUGACAAUACCGGCCAACUAGAAGAGCUGCUGUCUAAAGACCCAUCCCUGGCUCACCAUAUAAUUUCCACCAUUACCAAGAGCAAUGCCUGGACCCUCUCCCACUCUGCUACGCUAUUGCCAUGGAUACAACAACUAUUUGCUGUUGAGAAACACCCAAAACGCUUGACGACAGCUGCACUGGCUGUAUUGUGUGUGGCGGAAACACACACCACACUUUUACUGAGACACAAAAUUGGACGGGCACGAAAUUUAUCUGUUCCGGAGAGGCGACAGUGCAUAAAGUGCUACGUCACUUUGGAGAAAAUUGAUGAGUCAGCAGAUCGUCUGAUCACCAGCCUCUUAUCGAGUAAGCAAGUGACAGUACCAGAACAAGAUCUACUCAACAAGCUGAGGGAGUUACGGACAGCCUUAGCUAGAAUAUUCAAGAAAGUGGACCUAUCUUAAAUUAUUUAUUAUCUCUCUCUAUUCUGUGAUUCUAUUUUCUAUUUUUUUAACAUUUCUUUACGACAGAAUGGCUAUCAACUCAACAAUAAUUUUAUCAUAAAA